AUGCAGGUGAAGUGGACCUUGCGGACGGACCUCGCCUCCUAUGGAAUACAACAAAAUCCUCCGCCAUUGGUGACCAUCCUGACUCACACCCACGAUACCUCCCCAGUCUUCCGGAUCGACCUCUGCCAGCUGCUUCCCCCACGCUGGAGGAACCUGAUUCCGCCGUCUGCGAGAGAAGGACCAUCCAUGACCAGAGGGUACAUAGGGCAGGGGCGGUAUGGGUGUGGGGAUGAGAGUCUGGAAAGAAACUUACAAACUGAAGCGUAUUAUGGUUGCCCAGCGGACGGCAGUCCCGACUGCGGGGACGCGUCUUACUUCUAUUGCGCUCAAUGGGGAUGCGAGACAUUCGCAACAUGGAUGGAAGGGGAGGGGCGAGGGAAAGAUCACUGGAUCGUGGUAGAAAGAGUAAAAUCAAGUCAAAGGGGAGUGGGAAAACAGAAUCCCCUGAGCCUCACGAUCCAGCGAGGCCAGGAGGAUUCUUGGGCAGAAGGAAAAACCUGGGGAUUGAGACUAUAUGUAACUGGGAAAGAUCCGGGGGUCAGAUUCACCAUACAGAAGCAAAUUAUCCCACAACCCUGGGGGCCAGUAGGGCCCAACCGAGUCUUAAAGUACCCUGAGGUGGCGGAUCUCAACCCCGCUCCUCGGCCGCCCACUGAGCCUUUUCGCAGCUUUAAUGCUGCUCGCCCUCAGCCAAAAGGACCUCCUCCUCCCCAGAGCCCUGCCGAUUCCUCCCGCCUGUACAAAUUAGUGACGGCCGUUUUCCAGGUUCUCAACGAAACUAACCCCAACAUAACCGGAGACUGCUGGCUGUGCUUGAGCCCCCAACCUCCGUUCUACACUGGAGUAGGAGUAAACGCUUCCCUUUCAGAUUUCCGCAACCUCUCCUACUCCGAGAACUACCAGGCUCGCUGCCAAUGGGGUCUGUACCCCACCAUAACCUUGGAAGGGUUUUCGGGGGUGGGGACUUGUGUCACGGGUCCCCAAGGACCCUUGAACGACCCCCGCUGCGCCUCCACCAUUACUCUAGCCCCUGGCACGAGCCCUUAUUUACUGGCGGCCCCCAAUGGAACUCUCUUCGCCUGCCGCGCCGGGUUAACGCCGUGUAUAUCUUCCACUCUCCUCAUGGCCCUCCCUAGUCCUUCGGCGACCCAGGCACCUCAGCCGGAUCUCUGCAUUUUAACUCUCGUCCUCCCAAAGAUCUACCUCGCCGAUGGGGAGGUGACCCCUAUAGGCGAUUGGCCUGUUGGGGCUCGCGUUAAACGAGCCGUCCCUCUUUUGGCCCCCCUACUGCUCGAUCUAGGAGUCGCGCGUUCCGCAGCGGUGGGAGCAGGUGCCCUGAUUAAGGGAAAUAAAGACAUAUUUUACCUAUCUAAACAGGUAGACACGGAUUUGCAAGAGCUUCACGGCUCCAUUAGGUUUUUGGAACAAUCUCUCGAUUCCCUUGCCGAAGUAGCCCUCCAGAAUAGGAGGGAGCUGGACUUACUCUUGCUCAAACAGGGAGGGCUAUGUGCGGCAUUGGAUGAGAAGUGCUGUUUCUAUGCAAACCACUCUGGGGUCAUCAGGAAUAGUCUGGAUCUUGUCCGGGCUAGGAUAGAAGACCGAGAAAAGCGCCGCAUGGAAAACUCUAACUGGUACCAGCGGCUAUUCAGCUGGUCCCCAUGGCUGACCAGCCUACUCUCUUCCCUGGCUGGACCCCUACUAGGACUGCUCUUUCUUCUUAUUUCCGGACCUCUUCUGAUUCAAUGGCUCUCGCGCUUUGUCCAAAAGCACAUCAACACUAUAAAGGUGUUGACAUUUUACACUAGACCACACCCAGGGCUGAACGGCUAUAGCCCCCUUCCCAUGACUGAAUCGAGGAAUCGAUUCCCGUUAAGAUCAGUGGGGAAUGUUAUGCCUGACUCCCCAGGAUCCUGA